CUUUGAUCAAUAAUGACAUAUAACUGAAAUGCCACCUUAUUUACACAUUGCAGUGCAAAUGGAAAUUUGCUGGCUGACGUGCCUUCACAAACAGUCCUAGGUGAUUCCCAAUUCCAAACGGUACUAAAAAUUUUAAAAAAAAAUUAAACAACCAAUAUGGUGGCAGAGAAGUGGUCAGUUCCAAUGAACACAGAAUGAAAAGGUAAGUUUCUAAAGUUGAAGAUGUGUCCUAGCACAAUAUAAGAUGCUGUUCCUCGAGCAAGCAUUGGAUUUCAAUCCUGAAGGCAGAAGGAAAGGUCAGAAGGGGUGUGGGAUGGUGAAUUAAAUGGCGAAGCUCAGGGUUUCCCUGAUGAACAGAGUACAGGUGCUCCACAAACUGGUUACCCAAUCUGUUUAUUUCUCAGAUAUAGAGGAGACCUAAUUUUGAGCAUCGAGCACUGUACACUAGAUUGGAAGAAGUGCAAGUGAAUCAGUGUUUCACCUGGAUCAUCCUUUGCACUGUGGGAAGAGAAGAGUCAGAGAUGGACUAUGUAAAGGAAAGAAUAAUGGAGACGGGUUUCCGAGUGUUCCAGGACAAUGAGUAUUGCUGGGGCAGCAGAACAGAGCAGGGGGACAUUGAGGCGGUCGAAGCACUCAUGUCGAUGAGCUGCAGUUGGAAGUCAGAGGCCAGAAGGUACACUGAGCUGAGACCACUGACACCAGCCUCCGAUAUGUCUGAGGAAUCCGAAGAUAGUUUACUGUCCAGCUCGAAGGAUUUCCAUGCAUUGCCCCUAUUUUGUUUAACCCCACCGUAUAGUCCUCCUACUUUUGAGGCAUCUCAAAUGGUUCAUCCUAUAAUGAAAUUCCCUUCCACUGUACCUAAGUUGGGAGCUCCUUUAUCCGGGCAUACCAGCAGGGUUGCGGCAACGUCUGUGAGUGUGUCCACCGAUGCAAUGUAUGCCAGGACUCCAAUUCCAACCAAUGUGGCCACGAGCCAACGAUCCCAAGCCACAAGUGUUAUUCGUCAUACUGCUGACAUAUUGCCCUGUGCAGAUGGAUCUUGUCCCGUUGGGAUGGCCCAGGUGUCUGCUGGUCAGCAAGCAAUACACAGGACAGUUGCAUUGGGUGGAAAUGAAGAGGAAUUGAUGGAAAGUAAUGACAGUAAAAAGAGAAACUGUAUAUCGCAGGAACUGAUUUCUUCUAUCAAACCAGUAAUUGAAACCAAUAAAGGACCAAAAGAAGAUAAAAGUCAAAACCAAAGCUUAGCUUCAACCAUGAAUUCCACACCAGCUACAGUACAAUCCCUCUUUUCAAGGAGCCAGCUUCCUGCAGAUGCUCAUAUUCGGCAGAAUUCAUUGAUGGUGUCACCUCGAGUCUCUUCCAGUAUCCCGCCGCUGCCUAUCAUCUGCCAAGUGCUUCCAGUCACUACAAGCAGCCCUGUUGUAACUGCUGUAAUCCCCAAAACUCCUGGUAAACACAUGGCCUUGAGCCCUGCUCCUCUUGUCUUCAUGGGAACUCCGGUCUCAAAGGGUACCUUGAUGUUUGUCGUGCCUCAGCCUACAGUCAAGCACAUAAAGCCACAGGUCACCAGCCUCAAUGGUACCAAACUCUCUCCCAUUGCACCUGCCCCAGGGAUCAUGGCACCUGUGCAGAAGAUAGAAGCACAGAUUGAUGUAUCUCGACACCGCAGCCACAUCUGUGUUCACCCAGGCUGUGGGAAAACCUACUUCAAAAGUUCUCACCUGAAGGCCCACACAAGGACUCACACAGGUGAGAAACCUUUCAGUUGCAAUUGGGAAGAUUGUGAUAGGAAAUUUGCACGAUCUGAUGAGCUCUCCCGACAUCGCAGGACGCACACAGGCGAAAAGAAGUUUGUGUGCCCGAUGUGCGAACGGCGAUUCAUGAGGAGCGAUCACUUGACAAAGCACGCUCGGCGUCACCUCUCUGCUAAUAAACUUCCGAACUGGCAGAUGGAAGUGAGCAAGCUGAACAAUGUCAUUUCUCCAGUAUCUGCUCUGUGACCCCUGUGGCCCAAGGAGUCACAUUAACAUCAACCUUGUGGAAAUUGCAGCUUCCGUGUGCACAGAAGCACAUUGCAAAUCUUGGGAAGGUGGCAACUAAGGUGUCUUUUAAUGGUGAGGUUAGUGCAAUAGUCAAUCGCCAUCUCUUGCCACAUCCGUUGAAGACAGAAGCUGCACACUACUGAUGGGUGUACUUGCUCGUACCUAGGCCUGUUUGAAGUGCUUUUGAGCAGAGCAUGGCAGGGGACAAGUUGCUAUAUAACCAUGUCCACUAGUUGCUAUAUAACCAUGUGCAACUCCUCAGCAGUGAAAGGAGGAAAAGAGAAGUGAAGUAUCAAGAUCUUCACAUGGCAGCGAAUGCAAAGGGUAAUGGGAAAAGCUGGAGAGCAUGUGGGGCCCUGUUUGAGAGAGGCUGAGUGAGCAUCUGGGAAUGACACUGUAGUACCAUAUACUUACUUUUUGCAUUAUGUUGGGGACAUGGAUGUAGAAAUUUCCAUUUGUGCAAUAGGUGGGAUUGCUUUAAUCAUCAUUUAUAAGUACAGCCAAAUGUUCUGAUGCUGAAUAUUGGGCAUCACUCGAAACAGGCAACUGUAGCAGGUCACAGUGCCUGCCACAAAUGUUUGCCCCAAUAUUUAUCUUUGCUUUAUAAAGUUAUGACCAUAGGGCUGGAAGACCAUUGUUUGUCCACAUGCUGAUUAAAAUGGGCGAGUACUCAAGCUAGUUAUUUUUGUGAAUAUUUUAUUAAAAUUUGCAAAUGUAACAAGUAAAGUUUUGGAUAAAAAUUGCUGUCCUUUUUUCUCAGCAAAGAUGGAAGUUUGUCAUAGACCUUGCACAAAUAUGGGGAUAUAACUAACGCUACACUUAAAUUUAUACAUUUACAUGUUUUAUAAUACUUAUGUGACUGCUUAUUUAUUUCAUACUGUUAUCACAAUGUUGUUUAAUAAUCUACUUGGUUACUGAACUUCUUUUGCUUGAUGUAGAGCACAUUGCUUCCUCGAAAGAAGGGGUUCCUCCCUGUUAGAAUUAGCAACUGUCUAUGUUGCUUUCGGGGCAUUCUCCAUUCUACAUUUUGGAGUUCAGUCUCAUUCCUUUGCGUCCUGUGGCAGUAUUAUGCACAGACUAACUCUUCUGUAAGGACAAUGUCCUUUUGGUGCAUUAACUGAACAUGCCAUACCUUAUCUGUUGCUUGCUUUCAGAGUAUUUACUUAAUAGUGCACCUGUUUUAUGAUUCAGCUACAAUGAUUUUGCAUAUUUGUUUUAUCAAGAAACGUUUUGGGGAUAGAUCAUAGGAAACAAGCUUCCUCUAACCAUGUAUUGUGAUAUAAAAUGGAAAACUGUGGGCCUUGACUACACGCUGUGGUUACAGCUCUGUAGAAUCUCUCUCUCAACAACACAAAGGCAGAACAAUUGAGAUAAGGAAAUCUUAAAUAUCAGGAUUCAUUGUUCAAAGCUCAGUGAUGGUUGAUAAGGAGUCUGGUAAACAUUAUAGAUGGCCCAGAUUUCCUACCGCCACAUAAUGCCUAGUUAUCAACUUGAUUGGAUACUUACGUAAUCAUUUAAUACAAUUAUUGAUAUGUAGCCAGCCAGGAAGGGCUGAAUUAAACAUACAAGUGGUGCAUGAGUUCCUUUUGGCCGGGGGGGGGGGGGGGGGGGGUAGUUCCUGGGAUAUCCAACAACUUGCACCAUAAUAUGCCUUUGAUGAUAGGAACAGAACUGGGUGUUGAGUAAUUGGGUUGGAAUGCAAAGAGACAUAAGGGAUAAUGGCGAUGAAAUUAGUGCCUGAUUCUCCAAGUGUGGAUGUAAUUAAGAAAAUUGAGUGAACAUUUUUUAUUUGAAAAAUAAACUUCAUUCAUAAAAAAACAUACUGGAAA